GUGUGUUUUUGUUUUGAAUGAUAGCAGGAUGUGCUGUAGGAGCUAGCUGGGCUAAUCUUAACUAUAUUGUGGAAGUAUGAUAAUUAUCUGAGCAGCAGGUCCACACUCAUGAUGAACUUCGACGGUCUGGACCCGGGACUGGGAGAGUACACGGCCGGCCUGCACGGAGGUCUGGAGCCUGGGCUGGACUCGAGUCUGGACCCGGCGCUGCUGCAGGCCGUGGAGCUGGACCCGGACGCCAUGGCCGUGGCCGUGGCCGAGGGCAUGUACUCCGAGCUGCACAGCGUGGCCUCUGAGGUCGGGGUUCCGGUCACGACGACCCACUUCGACUUACACGAAGAGCUGCUGUGGAUCGGGAACCACCGGGGCCAUGCAAGCUCCUUUUUUGGGCCCACGAUGGGGCGUUAUUCCUCUUUCCAGGUGCACCUGGCUGAUGACAUCCGCCAUAUUCAGAGCAUGGACACUGGUGUCCUGUUUCUGACCAAGAGUAACCUCAAGUGCCUUACACGCGGAGGCCUCGUCAUGUUUGACUACCCGAUGGAGGAGGGUGCUGACAUGCACAGUUUGCUGCUCACGGAAAAUAACACGCUGCUGUUGGGAGGUUUACAGAACUAUGUGACGGAGGUGGAUCUGAACACCGUGCAGGAAACACAGAAAUUCACCGUGGAGAUCCCUGGCGUGGCCAUCAUGAGGCAAUCUAAUCGUUUCUUCUUUUGUGGACAUACAUCAGGAAAGGUGUCCUUGCGAGAUCUGCGCACUUUUAAAAUGGAGCAUGAGUUUGACGCGUACUCGGGCAGCCUUUCCGAUUUCGAUGUGCACGGCAACCUGCUGGCAGCUUGCGGUUUCUCGAGCCGCGGCCUCAACGGCAUGUCAUGUGAUCGCUUCCUAAUGGUGUACGACCUACGCAUGAUGCGAGCUGUUACCCCUCUGCAGGUGCAUGUGGACCCACUGUUCCUUCGCUUCAUCCCUACCUACACCUCCCGGCUGGCCAUUAUCUCCCAGACAGGUCAGUGUCAGUUCUGCGAGCCCACAGGUCUGGCCAACCUGGCUGAUAUUUUCCAUGUGAGCACAGUGGGCCAGCUGCUGAUGAGCUUCGAUGUGUCGAGCAGUAAGCAGGCGCUGGCGUUCGGAGACUCGGGCGGUUGUGUGCACCUGUGGUCCAGCGCCCAAGAGGUCUCCUUCAACGACUACUCCAGAGAGACGGAGCUGGCGCUGCCGUGCCUCGUGGACUCGCUGCCUCAGCUGGACUGGAACCACGAGCUGGUGCCACUGUCUCUGGUGCCCAUGCCACUCACCAGCACGGAGCCUCUGUUCUCAGACUGGCCCAGCACCCUCAUCACUCCCAGCCCCAGACGUGCACCAGCAGUUGACCCGGAGAUUUUGAGGACGAUGAAGACUGUCGGGUUUAUUGGAUAUGCUCAGAACCCUCGCACACGCCCCAGAAAUCAAGUUCCUUAUAAGAUAAAGGAGGUGGAGCUGGAGUAUGACAACUAUAACCAGGUUCCAGAGUCUCCGAUUGGCCGAGAUGAGGAGCCUCACCUUUACAUGGUGCCAAAGAAGUACAGAAAGGUCACUAUCAAGUACUCCAAAUUGGGGCUGGAGGACUUUGACUUCAAGCAUUACAACAGAACCCUGUUUGCUGGUUUGGAGCCUCAUAUACCCAACGCUUACUGUAACUGCAUGAUCCAGGUGUUGUAUUUCCUGGAGCCAGUUCGCUGCCUGGUGCAGAAUCACCUGUGUCAGAAGGAGUUCUGUUUGGCCUGUGAACUCGGCUUCCUCUUUCACAUGCUGGAUCUGAGUAGAGGAGACCCCUGCCAGGCCAGUAAUUUCCUGAGGGCGUUCCGGACCAUUCCUGAAGCAUCAGCUCUCGGCUUGAUCCUGGCUGAUUCCGAUGAGCAGACAGGUAAAGCCAGGCUGGGUCGCCUCAUCCAGAGCUGGAACUGCUUCAUCCUCACACAGCUGCACCAGGAAACUCAGGAGCAGGAAGGACCUCAGGCUUACAGAGGGACCAGCAGUACGCUGGGUUCCUCAGGGGAGUCAGUGAUCGGCAGGCUGUUUGGCUGUGAGGUGGAGAACAGCAGUCUCUGUCGCUGUGGGAAGGAGACGGUGCGCUCCUCACUCACCCUGCUCUUCACUAUGCACUACCCUGAACAGAGCUCUCUUGAAAAGUUCCCAGAAUAUGACUUUGCUGAAAUCCUGAAGAAGAGCAUCUGUCUGGAGCAGAGCACACAGGCCUGGUGUGAAAACUGUGAAAAAUAUCAGCCUACAGUGCAGACACGGAACAUCCGUUGCCUGCCUGAUGUGUUGGUGAUAAACUGUGAGGUGAACAGCAUGAAAGAAGCAGAGUUCUGGAAAGCCCAAGCCGAGUACUCAUUCAACAAGGCACUGAAGAAAGGAGCUACAGAGCUGCCGAAGCCCAAAGAGCCUCUUCCUACAGAGUGGUGCUUAGAGGACGAGGUCUACAGUGUGGAAACCUUUGACACACGACCAGAGGACCUGAGGCAUGUGUGGAUUCCACAGAGUCUAAAGAUGUGCAUUAAUAAGACACACGGACUGGAGGUGUGCAGCUGGCUUGAGACUGAAGAGCUUGGUCCAGAGGAAGAGUCUGAGGGAGCUGCUGUAUAUGACCUGGUGGUCACUGUGCCUCACAUUCUCGACCCCCGUACAGGUGGAAACCUGGUGGCUCAUAUCAAAGUGGGAGAGACGUACCACCAGAGGAAAGAGGGAGUCACACAUCAGCAGUGGUACCUCUUUAAUGACUUCCUGAUUGAGCCCAUUGAUAAGACUGAAGCGGCUCAGUUUGAUUUAAACUGGAAGGUGCCGGCCAUCAUUUACUACGCCAAGAGGAACUACCAUAAUAAAUAUGAUCUGCGCAUUAAAAACCCAAUUGAAGCAAACGUGCUGCUGACCGAAGCAUCGCUGGCCCGCAAACAGAGGAAGAGUCAUGCCACCUUCAUCCCUCUGAUGGUGAGUGAGAUGCCUCAGGCUGGAGACCUUGUGGGACUGGAUGCAGAAUUUGUCACGCUCAAUCAGGAAGAGGCGGAGCUCCGAAGCGAUGGCACCAAGUCCACCAUAAAGCCGAGCCAGAUGUCUGUGGCUCGUAUUACUUGUGUGAGAGGACAGGGGCCCAACGAGGGGGUUCCUUUUAUUGACGAUUACAUUUCAACACAGGAGCAGGUGGUUGAUUAUUUGACUCAGUACUCAGGAAUCAAACCUGGUGACCUGGAUGCUAAGAUUUCUUCGAAGCACUUGACCACACUGAAGUCCACUUACCUCAAACUCCGCUUCCUUAUCGACACUGGCGUUCGUUUUGUUGGCCACGGUUUACAGAAGGACUUCCGAGUCAUAAACCUGAUGGUUCUGAAAGACCAGGUGAUAGACACAGUCUACCUCUUCCACAUGCCCAGGAAAAGGAUGAUCUCUCUGCGUUUCCUUGCCUGGUAUUUCCUGGACCUAAACAUUCAGAGUGAGACCCAUGACAGUAUCGAGGAUGCACGCACCGCUCUACAGCUGUACAGGAAGUACUUAGAGCUGAGCCGCAGGGGGCAGGAGGAGUUCCGGAAAGUACUGAAGGGCCUUUAUGAAAAAGGGCGUAAGCUCGACUGGAAAGUGCCGGAGUCAGACUCUGCAGAAAGCCAGGGAAGCCCUAAAGGUACUGCCGUGUUCCCUUCAGUGCUCGGCUUAUGAUCCGAGUCAAAUUCCUUCUGCAGCUGUAACAUUCCAGCCAAACAGACGACGACUUCUCCCUGUUUUUCACUUGUCCAUCCAGAAGUCUUCAGCAUCGCUGAUGAAGCCAGCCGGUUUAUCGCUGCGCUUUUCGGCAGGCCGUUACAAACACUGGAAAAGCAGACACUGAUUUAUACCAGUUAUUUUGGGAAAAGUGAACAUGCAGUUUAAAAAAAAAAAAGACUUGAUGCAUUUGGAAUGGUGUUCCCUUGGAAUGGUUUAAAGGAACAGUUUAACAAAAAAGGACAUCAUUUUCACUUUACGAGACGUGUUUGGUCAGAUAUUUGUGCCGGAAUUACAAAGGUAAUGUAUAGUCUAUUAUAAAUUCCACACGUCCCUGUCACACUGCAGGCUUUUAUGAUGUAAAAAACAAAAGAAACUAAAAUAAACCAUGGAAGAUCUUUUUUUUUUUUUCCACCUUUAAUGUGAUCCAGCAACCAAAAUAAUUCAAGUCAAGAACGAAUAGAAAUGUUUUAGGGAAUAAAAAGAUGAAGAAGAAGAAGAAACUUGGUUAAAGAAGUGUGCUGCUAAUACUACUUCUUCUUAAAGCACUUUUUACUUGUAAUACAGAACUCGGGCUUUUUUUGGUUCAAAAUCGACCAACUUGGCGCAUCUUGAUUUGACAAUUUUAUUCCACUCUUCCUUGUGAAAAUGUUCCACAUCCAUCAAAUUGCAGGUGGAUCUUCUGUCCGCAGCCCUCUUCAGGUCAUUCCACAGGUUCUGAAUAGGAUUUACAGGAUCUGGGUUCUGACCAGGCCAUUUCCAAACGCUGAUCAUCAUCUCUGUUGACGUUUUCUCCUGGUGUUGAACAGAGACAUGCAGGUUUUAUACUAGAAUAGAUUUGUAUGUGGAACUCGCUAUGAAUCCCUCGAUCUUGGCAUGAGCCCCGGUUACAGGUGAAAAGAAGCAGCCCAAUAGUAUGAUGCUGCCACCAUCAUGUUUCAUGCUUCACCAUGGGGAUGGUGUUCUUG